AUGGCCUCCGCCGACCACGAUCCCCUCGUCCUCCUUCGCAAAGCCAUCUCCAGCAGCCAGCCCUUCAUCCCCAGCGCGUCAGACGACCCGGGCGCCGAAGAAUGUCCGCUCUCCCAAGCAAGCCACUUGCAAUUCUCAGCCCAGGGCAUCGCCCUCGCCAUCGAGACCCCGACGCGCUUCAUCUCCAACGACAAACCCGUCGACCUGCGCAGCAUCUACUUUGCCUGGCUGAAUCGCGAGCUCGCCAUCCCAGAGUACAAUGCUUCGGCAACGACGCUCAACGAACAGCUCGCGGCGGCCGGGUCGACGGGCAAGGUGCAGAACCUGGGCUUCAUCGAACGACUCGACCUGAUCACCUGGCUCGAGGCGGCCAGCGAGGAGAGCGAAUACAUCAAACCCGUUGCCGGGGAUGCGGAUGCUGCCGCUGCCGCUGCCGUCGCCGCCGGCACGGCUCCCGCGACCAAAUCCGGAGCCGUGUCGACCGCGGCGCAGGCCAGGGCCGGCAAGGGCACCAUGGAUCCGCGCCUGGCGAGCGUCUACGAUGGAGAGCGCAGGAUGGGAGACCGGAACACGGUACUAAGAGGGAUCAAGCCGACAGUACGUAUCACAAGUCCAGCGGCGUUUCCCGCAGAGGGGGUCAUUCAUUCUUUUCUUGUUUUUCCGACCACCAACCCCCCGGCUUGGGCGAGAGCUAACCACCGCACGCAGGACUUCUCGCACGUUCGCAAGCUCGCGGCGCCGUUUAUCCAAAAGAAGGCCCAGGCGGUCUCCGCCCCCGGCGCGGCAUCCUCCCUCUCCCUCAACCAGAAAGGCCCGACUAGGAGACCGGACCCCAUCAUCCUCCUCUCGCCGUCGGCCUCGUCGCUCCUCCGCAUGUCCAACGCGAGGUCCUUCCUCGAGGACGGCAAAUUCGUGCCCCCCGACGCCAGCGCCUCGACAGCCAGCAUGCUCCACGUCCAGCGCGUCAUCCGGGCCAUCGACCCCAACCGCCCCCUGCGCUUCAUCCUCGUCGAGGGCUCCGAGCAGUUCAAGCCCGAGUACUGGAACCGCGUGGUGGCCGUCUUCACCACCGGGCAGACGUGGCAGUUCAAGAACUACAAGUGGAGCAGCCCCAACGAGCUGUUCAAGCACACGCUCGGCGUCUUUGUUGGCUGGCGCGGGGAGCAGGCCCCCGAGAGCAUCCGCAGCUGGGGCCACAGGGUGCUGUCGACCGGCGUCGAUCGAUGGCGCGGCGGCGACGGCGCCGACGCUUCUCGCUUCAGGGACAAGGAGGUCGUGGAGCAGAUUUGGAAGUCGAUUGAGAUGAAUAUGCGAAGCAAAGGCUGGCGAUUCGAUGCCGCGCCCACGGCGAUAUAA